AUGUGUGAAUCAUGUCAGCCUCAGCACCUGACUGUGAAUGGCUCCUGUGAAAACAGCACACUUCUCCUGAAUUGGGACGAUGCUGCAGGCGCACUGGGCUAUGUUGUCAUUGCCACAGGCAACCUGGGAUACACCAGUGCCUAUCAGACCAAUGUGUCCAUCCUGGAGGUGGAGCUUCCCUGUGGGCAGAGCUAUAGUUUCACUGUCAUGGGGCAGGACGAACUGUGUAACAGCCCACUGAGCAGCCCCGCAGAGUUCACAACUGCCCCGUGUGUGCCACACAGUGUGGAAAGCUUUGUUCAGUGUGAGAACAGUGUGGGCUCUGUCAGCUGGGCCAGCAGUGAUGGGGCAGAAUCUUACACCGUGGUUGCUAGGGGACAGCUAGGCCACACCCACAUGUUUAGCACCAAUGAAACUGUGUGCACCUGGAGUGACCUGGAGUGUGGAGAGAUCUACACAAUCCGGGUCGUCGCCAGCAACCUCCGCUGUAGCAGCGCCCCCAGCAACAGCACUGUCAUCCGCAUGGCUCCCUGUGUCCCUCAGAGAGUGUUGUCAGCUAUGGACUGUGAUCUGAAGGUGGGCUCGCUGACCUGGCUGCCCAGUCAGUCUGCAGAGUCCUACCUGGUAACUGCAGAAGCCAGCAGCGGUCAUCAUGUGGAGCUCUCCACCAACAGCACAAUGGCACAGAUCUCAGAGCUCCAGUGCGGGCAGGAGUAUUAUCUGACUGUCAGAGCCAUCGGGCAAGGGUGCAGGAGUAGUGCCAGUAACUCCUCACUGUUGCAGACAGAACCAUGUCCACCUUCUGCUGUCUUCACCGAGAUAGACUGCUUCUCCAACAUUGCUGUGGUGAGCUGGUCAUUGUCAGACACUGCUGACCACUAUACUGCCAAAGCUCUCGGGCCCGAUGGUCAAUCAGAGACAUGCAUGUCAUCAUCCAUGAGCUGUGGCAUGGCCACUCUGCAGUGUGGAGAGAAAUAUAACGUUACAGUCACUGCAUCCAAUCGCCUGUGCACCUCUGUACCCAGCCAGCUCACUUACCUCAACACAGCGCCCUGUGUUCCAAUGGGUGUAUCGGUAUCGAUGGACUGUACCAAAAACGAGGCACAUGUGUCAUGGAGUGCCAGCCAGGGGGCAGUGUCCUACCAGGCCCUUGCCCAAAGCAGAAGAGAUGAUGUCUCAUCCUGUAAUAGUACUGGCAGUGACACACACUGCAUUCUGCACAACCUCACCUGUGGGAUAGCGUACACUGUCCAGGUGGUGGCUGUUGGGGACCAGUGCUCCAGUUUACCAAGUCAGCCAUCAGUGUUCCGCACAGUUCCAUGCAGCCCUGAUAUUGGCUCUGUGCUCCUGAACUGCUACGCUAACUCUUUGCUGCUGGACUGGACUCCCUCUGGCAGCUCUGUCUCCUAUACUGCCAUCGCCCAAGCACCCGGUGGCCAAGUCUCAUCCUGCAGCACCAACUUCACCAGCUGUGAACUGACACAGCUGAUGUGUGGUCAGACCUACAAUUUAACUGUGGCAGCCUCGGAUGGACAGUGCAGCAGCAAGCAGACCACUGCCAUGCAGGUGUCAUCAGUGCCCUGUCGUCCUGAGAGUGUGCUGCCCAGCAUGAACUGCUCAUCCAACUCUGCACACGUGCAGUGGGACACUGGCAGUGGGGCAGAGUCUUACGAAGUCCAUGCCAUUGGCAUGAGAGGUCACGUAACAGGAUGUAACACCACACAUCCUUCUUGUGAUUUACCCAACCUGCAGUGUGGCGAUGUGUACAACAUCAGCGUGGUUGCUUUUAAUAACCAGUGCACUGUAACAAACGAAGCAGUGACACAGCUGCAUACAGUGCCAUGUGUUCCUGCCCCCCUGGACGCCAGUCUGGAUUGUGCAUCUGGAGCUGUUACAAUGUCCUGGCAGUCUAGUAGUGGAGCCACGUCUUACACAGCAGUUGCCCAGGGUUAUGCUGGUUUUGCUUCAUCGUGCAACAGCAGCAGCACAACAUGUGUGUUCAACAAUUUGCUGUGCGGCAUGACUUACAGCUUCACCGUCUCAGCCUCUGACAAUGUGUGUAGCAGUGCAUACAGCCACAGCAUCGAAAUGAACACAGUUCCAUGUGAGCCACACAUGCUCAGUGCUCACGUUGACUGUCAGAGCAGCACAGGACUUCUGUCAUGGGAACCUGGAGAGGGUGUAGUCUUCUACUUGGUGCAAGCAGUGGGAGCCGAUGGACACCAGAUGGAGUGUUACAAUACCAACACCAGCUGUUCACUACCCGACAUGCACUGUGGCCAACCAUACAGCCUCUCAGUCACUGCUGAGGACAACCAAUGUAACAGCAGCUCAACCCAUCUUAAUCUGCAGUCAGUGCCCUGUGUGCCCACCGGUGUUCAGGCCUCCCUGCUCUGCAGCUCUAACUCUGCAGCUGUGACCUGGCAGACAGCCAGUGGGGCGCUGGGGUACCAGGCAGAGGGUGUUAGUACAGACGGCCUGCACAAAGUCUCCUGUAACUCCAGCCUGCCUCAUUGCAACCUGCAGCAACUGAACUGCGGAAUGUCCUACAAUGUGACCGUGGUGGCGCUGGACAACACCUGCCACAGUGGCAGAAGCACCCCGACACAAUUGCACACAGCUCCCUGUCCUCCCCAGCAUGUGAAUGUCCAGAUGAACUGUUCUGCUGGUGCUAUGACUGUCACUUGGGCAGCCAGUCCAGAUGCAGAAUCCUUCCAUGUGGACGCAGUGACCAGCAGUGGCGCUAACUUUACAUGUGACACCUCAGGCACGACCUGCUCAAUCAGCGGCCUGCCCUGUGGCUUUUCCUACUCUGUCACUGUGAGAGCGGUCAGAGGUGACUGCCAGAGUGGGCCAAGCACAGCUGUACAAGCUUCUUCAGCUCCAUGCAUACCUCAGGGAGAGACAGGUAGCCUCGACUGUGUGACCAACUCUGUCUGGGUGUCAUGGCAACAAACUGCAGGGGCAGAGUCUUAUGUGGUGAUGGCAGUGGCUGCAAGCGGUGCAAACUCCAGCUGCAGCAGCUCUGCGCUCUUCUGCAAUGUUCCUGACCUGUUGUGUGGAGUUCAGUACACCUUCCACAUUACUGCUCUUAACUCUCAGUGUACCAGUGCCCACAGCAACACCUUCCAGAUUGAGACAGCUCCCUGUGCCCUGAUGGCCAUCACUGCAGAGACAGAGUGUAGUAGCACCUCUAUAAGAGUGAGCUGGCACACAGAAGCAAGCUCCUCAUUCUACGUUGCCGCAGCAGAGGGGCAGGACCUGAGCUUCCUGGAGUGCAGAAGCAAUAGUACUUCCUGUGAGCUGAUGGGGGCGCGCUGUGGCAUGCGGUACACCAUAGUGGUUUCCUCCUCAUCAGACAAGUGCAACAGCCUCCGCAGUCCACCAUACUUUAUCAGCACAGCCCCCUGCACUCCUGUGGGAAUAACACUGAAGCCGCUGUGUGAAUUAGAGGGAGUGCUGGUGUCCUGGGCUCACUCUGCAAUGGUCCAGUCCUACUCCCUGACAGCCACGAGCCAAGAUGGUGAUGUCCACACCUGCAGCGGACCAGCUGAGAACUGCAGCUUGACCCACCUGCACUGCGGCCAGCCUUACACUGUUAGCCUCUCAGCUUCUGCCGGCAACUGCACCAGCCCCAGCAGCCAGCCCCUCACCUACCACACAGCUCCGUGUGAUCCACAGGGCCUGGCUGUGUCCACGCACUGUGAGACCAGCUCGGCUACACUCUCCUGGUUCACCAGUCAAGGCUCUGUAAAUUACUUCGGCUUAGCUCACACUUCACUAGGGGUCGAACUCUCCUGUGAGACCACGGGUACCACCUGUAACAUGGAGGGGCUGCAGUGUGGGAUGAUGUACAACUUCAGUGUGAAGGCUUCGGACGGAACUUGUAACAGUUCCUUGGGCCAGCAGCUACAGAUAGGAGCAGCCCCAUGUCCCCCAGCCUCAGUAACUGCCCAGACACGUGCUAUGGAAGAAGCCACUCUGGUCCGCGUGUACUGGAGUCAAGUGACUUGUCCAGGAGUUGAGUACCUGGCAGAGCUAAGUGGCAGUAUCCAUGAUGACCCCCUCGCUCUUGUGCAAGUAUCGUCCUACUGGACAGAUAGGACGUACUUUGAAUUUCUGGUACCCUGUGACACGCCCUACUCAGUGACAGUCAAGGCCAGGAACCAAGCAGGGACCAGUGCACCAUCUGCCGCUGUUACUGGACCUGCAGUGCCCUGCACAGUGCCACCCAUCAACAAUGCAGACAUCGUUGGUCGACGUAGGAGAGAUUUGCGAGAAGCUGAAAUGUUAGCUGGACUAAAAGAGAAAGAAAAGCUGCUGGUGCCUGAAGUGAAGAUCACCCGGGUGACUGGAGUGACCCUGCAUGUGGAGUGGACACCAGUCACAGGAGCGAGCUAUUACACUCUGAUUGUGAGAGAAGACACACCGUCUCGUCCGCUCAGAGAAGUGUUGACCAUCUACGAUGAGAUGUGUGUAGUCACUGACCUUGAACCUGCCACCCGCUACUGUGUGGUCCUGUCUGCUAAAAACUCCGUUACCCAGAGUGCCUAUUCCUCCCAUGUGUGUGUCACCACUGAAGCAAGCAUGUAAAUGAUGUCUGAACUGUUUAAGCUAAGUUAGUAGGGAGAGAGAAGAACCGAGAAGAAGAAGAUGUUUUGAGAAUGUCGCAGAAAAGGGUCAAAUGUUUGCUACACUACCAACACAACUUCUCCAUUUCUGAGAGCUGUCAUUAAUUUUCAUAAUGAAUGCAAAAAAAUUGUAAAUUUGAGACACUAGAAAAUAGUUAUAUUUUGAUUUUAUGCUUUGUCCGUAAAAAGACGAGUUUGAAUCAGCGAUUUCGGAAACAGUGCCGCUAGCUCUCAGCUUGUGCAGAAACAGCUGGUUGCAUGUUUUAGAGGUCAGAGUUUUGUUGUCUGAAAGUCUUUGGUGUUGCAGCACCGAAUGCUUAACCUGUCAAAAGAAGCUAUUCGUAGUUGGUGUUCGAUCUUCUUUACUGAAAUCUAAAUUAAGCACCAAAAUAUAACUGUUGGUGUAUUUCGAAUGAGAAAAUAUGUCUAGGUGUCUGAUUGAACCUGUUGAUUUAAAUCCGUAAACUGUUCUGUAGACGUCAGUUGAUUUGAUUUGAUUAUCGUUUGCUGUAAUGGCUAGCUUAAUGAACUUUAAUGGUAUAUUACUAAGAUGGGCAUAAAGAGUCAUUUUCUGUAAUGGUAACAUUAAUUGUUUCAAUCAUGAAUGUAUGGAGACUACAUAGACUACAUAUAGCAAAUAAAAUGCUAUUUAUCAAGCAAUAUUUUUUAAACUAUAUAUUAUACUGUCUAUUUGAUGUACUAUACGACUUCAUUUUGUGAAUGAACUCUUUGCAGUAGUCCUUUUUAUAUAUAUAAGAAAAGCCCAGAGAUGAAGGAAUAAAAAAAUGUGAAUAUCUUAAAGUACUUCUCUCUUCAUAAGGAACCAGUCAGUUUUGUGUGUCACAAUCUUAUUCUCUUCUGCCGUAACGCUCUUUCCCAUCAU